AACGUUGCAUUGUGGGAGUUGUCGUCAACGUGCUUUAGAGCGCCGCUUUGAUCCGGGAGAUUCUCCUGGCGCGAGGACUACAAGUCCCGGUGCGCGCCUGAAGCGUCCGUUGACGGUGCACGGUUGGAUUUGUUUUGGUUUGUGCAGACUGCGUCUUGUCACGGGGAGCCAAGGUCCGCCACGGAGCUCUCACCUGACCGCCACACACCUCCGAGCCGCCGCCGGGGCCUCCGACAACAACUCCUCCUCCCAGCUCCGUGCUCCUCCGCCCUCUCGGAUCCAGGACCGUCGCGCAGCAACGUUAUCGGACCUCAGAGGCUGGCCCGCUAGUUAGCAAACAAGCUAUCGUUCGUUUGCCAGAGUCCACCCAUGUCCUCUGAGGAAGGAUUGAGCUCCUCUAUCGCGGACUGGCUCUUCGUCAACUCCUGGUGGCUCCUCCUGCCGUUCGUCAUGCUUCUUGUGGUCGCUGCCUUCAUCGUCGCCUUCGUGUUGCUGUUGUACAUGAUAUCUCCUCUUAUUAGCCCCAAACCUCUGAAACUGAACGGGGCCCACGUCGUGGUGACAGGAGGCUCGAGUGGGAUUGGGAAAUCCAUUGCAAUCGAGUGCUACAGGCAAGGAGCAUUCAUCACUUUGGUGGCACGAGACGAGGCUAAACUCCUUCAAGCAAAAAAAGAGGUGGAGAAAUUUGCCAUCAAUGACAAGCAGGUUGUGCUCUGCACAUCAGUGGAUGUCUCCAGUGAUUAUAGCCAGGUGGAAAGCGUUUUAAAACAGGCACAAGAGAAGCUGGGGCCUGUUGAUAUGCUUGUGAACUGUGCUGGCACAUCCGUCUCUGGAAAGUUUGAGGAAGUGGAAGUGGACCGUUUUAAGAAACUGAUGGAGGUGAACUACCUAGGUAGCGUUUACCCAACACGGGCCGUCAUAACAACCAUGAAGGAGAGAAGAAUGGGCCGCAUCAUGUUUGUGUCCUCCCAGGCGGGCCAGAUCGGCCUGUUCGGAUACACUGCCUACUCCCCCUCCAAGUUUGCCCUGCGUGGCUUAGCUGAGUCGCUGCAGAUGGAGAUAAAGCCGUACAAUAUCUAUGUGACUGUGGCCUUCCCCCCUGACACUGACACUCCGGGAUAUGCUGAGGAAAAUAAGACAAAGCCUCUAGAAACUAAAUUAAUCUCUGAAACAGCAGGAGUGUGUCAACCAGACCAGGUGGCCAAAAUCAUUGUUCGCGAUGCAGUUCAGGGGAACUUCAACAGCUCCGUGGGACCCGACGGUUACAUGCUAUCAGCCCUCACCUGUGGAAUGUCACCCGUCACCUCCAUCACAGAAGGUCUUCAACAGAUUGUUACCAUGGGAUUAUUUCGGACCAUCGCCCUCUUCUACUUGGGGAGCUUCGACAGCAUCGUGCGCCGCUGCAUGAUUCAGAGAGAGCAGUUAAAAGCAGCUGACAAGAGGGAGUAACAGCAGCCAUACCUGCUUCACAGCUCAUUGCUCCUCUUCUUCCUCCUCCUCUUCCUCUACACCCCCCAUCCCUUCAUCCAGCUGUUCAAGUGCCCAACCGUAGGUGGGAAAUAGGCCAAGCAUUUCUGAAAACAUAACAGACAAGAUGAAAGAAAAUGGCAGAUGUUUACUCUCUGCUUGUCCUCCAUUGACUUCACGGCCAUUUUUUUCUAUCCUUUCAGAGCAUUCCAGUGACUUUUCAGUUUAAUGUGUCAGCCUGCUUUUUUUUGUCGGAGCAGCCGUACUUUGUGGGGGGGUGAGGGCAGACUAAACAUCCCACAGCCUGGUUUUAAAAUACAAAUGGGUUUUGUGAGCAACUGUCAUUUUACACAUCAGGCCUCCCUGCCUCUACUCGCACAGUGUUUAUAUUUCCCCUCGCAGAGAGGAAAAAACUGCAGAUAGCUUGUCUGACCAGUUGUGCCAAAUAUGGCUUGAAAUUCCUUCCCACCGUGGGGCUAUAGUAAAAAACCGAAUGGUUGCUCUCACCUUUUUGCCAUAUAGUUGCAUGUAUUACAAACUGGGCCCAACCCGUAAGAAUUGUACUAUCUUCAAUGAAACAGUUCCUCAAUCACAACCUUUGUUGUACCACAAGUCUUUGCAGGCAAAGCACUUUCCCUCUUCAACCAGCGACCGUUGCUGUGGGGUGUUUUUGUGCUCUGCAUCUGAACCAAACAAAGAUGUGAUGACAACAGUACACUUCAGAGAAAGUGAGCAAGAGAGAAAGUGAAAGCAUUUGUUGUGUUUGAUUGUUUUUAAAUAUUACUAAUGCAAGAACAUAAUUCCCAUUUUAGACGAGGUGUUGGGGCAGAAUUCUGGGUAAUUUUUUUUGUGUGCGUGUUUGUGUGUUCAUGUUUGCUGUGACUGAGCCAACCCCUAGGGAGCGAAAAGCCAUUCGAUUUUAAUGUCUCUGGAUUAAAUGCACCAAAUUA